AUUUGUUUGUUUAUAAAAUUAAAAAAUAGAAAUGUUUCACGCAAUCUGAGAAUAUAUACUUAUAUUUGCUGCUGUUGCUUUUCUUUCUCAACUUUGUUGACUGAUGGUCAGUCUCUCUCGACAUCUAGCAUUAAAUACCUCAGGAAGUGGUGUUGUGUUUUUUGAUUCUUCCACAAAUAUGGACGACGACGAGUAUCUUCAACCAGUUAUCUCCUCCGAGGAACAAGAUAAUUUUCAAAAAUUAGAAACUAUUCCUAUUGUCGGUGUUCCACUUAUUUUUAGCGUUGCUCUGGAAAUUAGUGGAAUUAUUUUCGUAUCUCUUUGGCCAAAAGAGAUAGACAAAUGUGAAACUUAUUUUAUACUUUUAUAUCUUCAUUGUGCCUAUUGGAUUAUUAUUAUGGUCACUGAUCAUUUUAUAAAAGCACAACAUCAUAAUCUUCGAAUAUCUGGUUACUUAGAUUUUUAUCAAUCCACGUAUCAACAUAUAAGAACGCCACUUUUUAUCGUAUCCCUUUGGAAUACUAUUUAUCUUUUUUUGGCAGUAGUUUUACAUCAAAUUCAUAAAGCAGAUUAUGAAAUUUAUUGCAAAUCCUCGGAAUUAUUUACGCCACUUAAUUAUAUUCUUUUUUUUACAACUGUCGAAGUUUUCAUCAUUGUGCCUACAUACGUGAAUUAUAUCAAACGAGUACAUAGAUUUAAUAAUUUGAAACCACCACCGGAUGUAACCCAAGAGGAAUGGUUGACAUCAUUUAAUCAAGAUUCGUACGCGGGGGGAAGUGGAAUUGGUUUUCAUCAACGUGGUUCUAAUGUUACAGAACUGCUUGAAAAGCAAGCCGAUUUAAUAAGGUAUUUAAGAGAUCAUAAUGUGAAACUAAGCCAUCGAAUGAUGCUUCUUGCUUCACAACGUUCGGCUCCUCAGACGUAAAUUUUUAUUAUUAUUAUUAUUAUUAUAAUUAGAAAUAGAAGUCAAUUUUUUAAUAUUGCAGACUGAUAAGACGAAAAGAAUCUUUUUUUUAUAUUUUAUUCAGCAAAGCAUUUUUUGCUUAUUGUACAGCUUUAAUUAGAAAAUUAUUCAAUAUUUCAAAAGAAAUUAGUUUAUUAAUUUAAGAAUUGUGACAAAAAUUAUUUUGAUAAUUAGAGUAAAAGUACUUUCAAUCCUUCCAAGAAUUUUCAUUAUUAAAUAAAAUAAUUUUUACAUUUUUCUUUAUUCAAAAAAAUAAAUUAUUAAUUAAUUUUCAUUGCAGGGCGAUUCAUUAAUUAAAUAUUUCGAAAAUUUUUAUUAUUUUCACAUAUUUUAAUUAUGUACUAAACAAUUUAUCUACGUUUUUAAGCACUUUAUUUUUAUUAUAUCUACGUUCUAAAAAAUUUAAUUGUUAAUUAUUUUAUUUUUGAACAAAACUAAUAAUUUAGAUUACGAGAAAUCUUUUUAUAAAUUACGUAUUUUAUUUUAUAAAUUAACAAAGCAAUCGUUUUUAUACGAUUUCUAUAUUUUUUUUUGUUAACUUUUCUAGAAUAGAAACAUUAUUCUAGUCCCUAAUGGCUCAUGGACUGGAUUUUUAGAUAUUAAGAUUUUUAUCUAUCUUUCGUAAAUCGAUUACAAAAAGAUUGUGAAAAAAAAACAUUUUAAUUUUAUUUUACUUUCCCGUAUAGAGUGAAGAUUAAUGAAACAUAAUGUUAAAAUACCAAACAUAAAAGCAGAUCGAGUUUUGAUGUUAUUAAGAUAUUUCAGGAAAAAAUUUAUUGCUGAAUGUUAAUCAUUACUCAUUACUGUGAUAUUAUUGUGUAUAUAUAUAAUUUUUCUAAUAUUCUUUAAAACUAGAAUAUGUAUACUUUUUUUCAUUCGAAAUAAAAAAUUAUUUAAAUCUUUGGAAAA